AUGAUAGUUUUGAAAAAACACUUAGCUCAAGAUUGUGGAAAAGAAUCAAAGUAUUCCUGUGAUUUAUUUUUAGAACGCCACGAAUGUAAAAACUGCAACAAGCACUAUAAAAACGUAGGAGAUUUAAGAAGACAUCAAAGAUUGGAAUGCGGAAAAGAACCAACUAACGAAUGCACUCUGUGCGGUUAUAAAACUUAUAGAGCGCCAGAUUUAAAACUUCAUUACUUAAGACCAAGAUUUGCCUGCAGCAAAUGCUUAAGAACUUACAAGUACAAAUAUGACUUGAGAAAACACGUUUUAAACGAAUGUGGAAAGGAACCAACCCGCGAAUGUACUAUGUGUGAUUUUAAAACAUUCAGAACCAACGGUUUAAAUAUCCAUUACAAAAGUGUUGUCUUCUGUAUGCAAUGCGGAAGGUCAUACAAAAACCUCCAGACUUUAAGGAUGCACGUCAAAUUGGAUUGCGGUCCAGUGGCGUGCCCGAAAUGCGAUAAACUGUACAAAAACGCCAACAGUAUGAAUUCACACUUUUAUCAAGACUGCGGACGUGCUAAAAGAUUUUCUUGUUCGUUUUGUCCAGCUUGCUUUAAGAGAAAACAACAACUUUUGGUACACAUGUCCAGAAAACAUCAGUAUUAUAUGCCCUGA